GGGGGAGAGAGAAAAAAAAAAAAAACCGUUGUCGGGAGCGCUCCCCGCGGACGAGCCGGCCGUCCCUGCCCGCGAGCGUCGGCGUCGGCGUUACUAGCGCCUCACAGGGUAUCCGAAGUAGAAGGGGCAUUUAAAUCAAGCGGUAUUGAAAUGGAUUGGGUUAUGAAACAUAAUGGUCCAAAUGACGCUAGUGAUGGGACAGUGCGACUUCGAGGACUGCCAUUUGGUUGCAGCAAAGAGGAGAUAGUUCAGUUCUUUCAAGGGUUGGAAAUCGUGCCAAAUGGGAUAACAUUGACGAUGGACUACCAGGGGAGAAGCACAGGGGAGGCCUUCGUGCAGUUUGCUUCAAAGGAGAUAGCAGAAAAUGCUCUGGGGAAACACAAGGAAAGAAUAGGGCACAGGUAUAUUGAGAUCUUCAGGAGUAGCAGGAGUGAAAUCAAAGGAUUUUAUGAUCCACCAAGAAGACUGCUGGGACAGCGACCGGGACCAUAUGAUAGACCAAUAGGAGGAAGAGGGGGUUAUUAUGGAGCUGGGCGUGGAAGUAUGUAUGACAGAAUGCGACGAGGAGGUGAUGGAUAUGAUGGUGGCUAUGGAGGUUUUGAUGACUAUGGUGGCUAUAAUAAUUAUGGCUAUGGAAAUGAUGGCUUUGAUGACAGGAUGAGAGAUGGAAGAGGCAUGGGAGGACAUGGCUAUGGUGGAGCUGGUGAUGCGAGUUCAGGGUUCCAUGGUGGUCAUUUUGUGCACAUGAGAGGGCUGCCUUUUCGUGCGACUGAAAAUGAUAUUGCUAAUUUCUUCUCACCACUCAAUCCAAUCCGAGUUCAUAUUGACAUUGGAGCCGAUGGCAGAGCAACAGGAGAGGCAGAUGUAGAGUUUGUGACCCAUGAAGAUGCAGUGGCUGCCAUGUCUAAAGAUAAAAACAACAUGCAACAUCGAUAUAUUGAACUCUUCUUGAAUUCCACUCCCGGAGGUGGCUCUGGAAUGGGAGGUUCCGGAAUGGGAGGCUAUGGCAGAGAUGGAAUGGAUAAUCAAGGAGCCUAUGGCUCUGUCGGGAGAAUGGGAAUGGGGAACAACUACAGUGGAGGAUACGGCACUCCUGAUGGAUUGGGAGGUUACGGUCGUGGUGGUGGAGGCAGUGGAGGUUACUAUGGGCAAGGUGGAUGGCGUGGGAUGUACUGAAAACACCACCAACGUACAAGUCCUAACAACAGCAUCUGUCUACUAGACUUUCUUACAGAUUGAAUUUCUUUUGUAUUUCAAGAACUUUAUAAUGACUGAAGGAAUGUGUUUUCAAGAUAUUAUUUGGUAAAGCAACAGAUUGUGAUGGGAAAAAUCUGUUUUCUGUAGGUUUUAUUUGUUGCAUACUUUGACUUAAAAUAAAUUUUUAUAUUGAAACCA